AAAGCAUUUAAUUACUCCUCUCCUUGGAAGGGACAGCAACAGAUGUACAAGCUGGACAUAGGCUGGCCUAAAAUUCCAGAAUACUUCACUGGUCAAACAUUUUGUGUUGCUGUUGACUCGCUUCAUGGUUUGGUCUACGUGGGACAAAGGGGAGACAAUGUACCAAAGGUACUUGUAUUCUCAGAGGAAGGCUAUUUUCUUUACUCCUGGAAUAAUACAGUUGAAAUGCCUCAUGGUAUCUUUGUAUUGAACACAGCAACAGAUAGUUCAGUAUGGAUCACAGAUGUUGGAACAGGGAAAUACGGGCACACCGUGAAACAGUAUAGCCCUUCGGGUAAACUUAUGCAGAUUUUGGGCACGCCAGGUAAUGCUGGUUCAAGUUUGAUACCCCUACAGUUUGACCAGCCAGCAGACAUCUUUGUAGAGGAAAGUGGAGAUAUCUAUGUUGUGGAUGGAGAUGGAGGAAUGAAUAACAGAUUGCUCAAACUAUCCAACGAUUACAAUGAGAUAUGGCUGGCUGGAGCAAACGGGACCGGCAUUGGUCAGUUCAAGAUUCCUCACAGUGUAACAGUGGAUCCUUUUGGACGGGUAUGGGUUGCAGACAGAGACAACAAAAGAAUCCAAGUUUUUGAUAAAGUCACAGGGGAAUGGCUUGGGUCUUGGAGCGGAUGUUUUUCGGAAGACGGACCCUAUUCUGUAAGAUUUACUCCCAAUUACAAGUACCUGAUUGUAGCUCAGCUGAAUAUCAACCGGUUAGCAAUCUUGGCGGCACCACCAGUUGGCUCUAUUGGGGACUGUGUUAUGGUCAGCACAGUCCAACUGGCAGAUGAAACCAAACCACACCUUGUGGACAUAGACAUGAAGAGUGGAGCAGUCUAUGUCGCAGAGAUUGGAGCCCAGCAAGUACAAAAAUAUGUACCUUUAAGCUGA